UCGACUCAAACGAUCAAAUUUUAUACCCUCUUUGCGCGGGUCUGUCAAAAAGUACUGUAUCGUUGUGUAGGCAACAUUUCAGUUCAUGGUGGUCGUAGUUACUUUACUUUUCCAUAAUUAGAAGACAAAAGGCCAUAUCUACAGAGAAACUAUAUGUCCAACGCCUUCCCCAGGUCAACAACAUGGACACUUACGGUCAGCGGUUUGAAGCCACGUCGGGACGAGACGGUAAAUCUCAUAAGAAGAAGGCUUCCUCCUCCCACCUCGGUACGCCAUGCUCCGAAGAAGGAGACCGCAAACCCAAGUUUCACCUGCCAUUUAGAAAUCUCACUGAUGACGUGCUGGACAGAUUUGCAAGUAUUCGGAUCCCGGGUAGUAAAAAGGAGCGGCCAGCGAUACCCCAUUCUAAACACAGUACUACUGAUUGGUCUGUAUUUUCAUCAUCCAGUUCCCAGUUUGAGGAACUUUCAUCAAAGAUCACUUCAGAAAAGGAAAUAUUGGCACUGUUCGAAAAAAUGAUGGAGGACAUGAACUUGAAUGAAGAAAAAAAGACUCCCCUGAGAGACAAGGACUUGAAUACAAAGAGAGAAAUGGUCAUCCAGUAUGUUUGUACUUCUUCAAAAGCGGGUAGCUUGAAAAGCAGCUAUCAGAUAUCUCCUCAGGAAUUCCUGGGAGAACUUAAGUCAGGGGUGAUGGAAGAACGCCUAUUUGGUUGCCUAGACUCACUGCGUGUCUCACUUACCAGCAAUCCUGUCAGUUGGGUGCAAAGCUUUGGUCAUGAGGGUCUUGGACUGCUCCUUAAUAUAUUGGAGAGGUUGCUGUCCAAGAAACAGCAGGAGAGGAUCGACAAGAAGAACCAACAUAAGGUUAUCCAAUGUCUAAAAGCCUUCAUGAACAACAAGUAUGGCUUGGAUAGAAUACUUGGCGAGGAGAGAAGUCUUACAUUACUAUCAAGAGCAAUAGAUCCCACACAAUCCGCUAUGAUGACUGAUGUGAUGAAGCUGCUGUCAGCCAUCUGCAUUGUGGGCGAAGACAACAUUUUGGAGAAGGUUCUUGAAGCCAUCACCACAGCUGGGGAAUGGAGAGGCAUUGAGAGAUUUAAUCCCAUCGUGCAAGGACUACGAGAUCACUCGGUGCAGUUACAAGUGGCAUGCAUGCAGUUCAUCAAUGCGCUUGUGACAUCACCUGAUGAGCUCGACUUGAGGCUGCACAUCAGAAAUGAAUUUAUUCGUUGUGGCCUUAAAGCCAUUUUACCGCAACUGUCAUCUGUGAGGAAUGAGGCCCUUGACAUUCAGCUCAAGGUGUUUGAGGAACACAAAGAAGAGGACAUGAUGGAGUUCUCUCAUAGGCUGGAAGACAUCAAAAGCGAGCUGGAUGAUGCGGGGGACGUGUUCAGUAUUUUGCUGAAUAUGGUGAAGGACAGCAGUGCAGAAAACUAUUUCAUCUCUAUAUUGCAGCACUUGGUCCUCAUUCGCAACGACUACUUGGUCAGGGUUCAGUACUUUAAAAUCAUUGAGGAGUGUGUAUCUCAAAUUGUUCUGCAUCGUACCGGAACAGAUCCAGACUUCAGUUAUCGUAAACGUCUUGAUGUGGAUUUCAGCCACCUCAUAGAGCUUUGUGUAGAUAAAGCAAGAUUUGAGGAGUAUGAACAAAGAGCUUCGGAGCAGGCAGAAAAGCUUGAUGAAGAGUUUUUUAAACGACAGGAGGCCCAAGCUCAGCUGGUUAAGGGUGAAGAAAAGAUAGCUGAGCUUCAAGCCGAGCUGCAGGCUUUCAAGUCUCAGAGUGCAGCUGUACCAAUGGUUUGCUGCGUUGCAGAGGAGUUGUCUUCUUCAUUACCCUGUGGGCUUUCACCCUCUAACCCAGCAUCUGGGUUGCCAGUUCCUCCUCCUCCUCCUCCACCACCUCCUCCUCCAUUACCUGGUUGCCCUGCACCCCCUCCUCCACCUGGAGUGCCUCCUCCAUUUGGUGCCCCUCCUCUACCCCCAUUAGGAUUUGGAUGUGGUUCAGUCUUGUCCACUUGCCUUGCCCUGCCUUUUGGCCUCAGACCGAAGAAGGAGUUCAAGCCAGAGAAUUCCACAAAGCGCCUGAAUUGGUCCAAGAUCCAUCCCCAGGAAAUGUCACAGGGGUGCUUCUGGGUGCUCGCAGAUGAUGACAAAUAUGCAAAGCCUGAUUUGCUUAGCAGAGUUGCUCUCACAUUUGGUUCACAAAAAGCAGAUUCUGAAGAUAGUACAUCAACUGAGGAGCCACCAAAAAGAGAAGAGGAGGAUCUGGAUGAUAAAAAAUCCAUUAAGAAGCGAAUUAAAGAGCUGAAGGUGCUUGACCCCAAGAUUGCGCAGAAUCUAUGCAGUAACGCGUCACAUUGCUUGUUACUCAAAACGGCGGCCAUUUUGGAAGCAUCACUGGAGGUGAUGAUGGGGGUUGGCAUCUCUGGAUAUGCAAUCACAUGUAGAGCCAUUUUCCUGGGUUCUUUCCGCAUGCCUUACAAAGAAAUUCGCCAAAUGAUAUUAGAGGUUGAUGAAGAGCAGCUAACUGAACCAAUGAUACAGAACCUUGUGAAACACUUACCUGAGCAGGAGCAGCUGAAUGCAUUGGCUAAGUACAAGAAUGACUAUCCAAAUUUGUCAGAGCCGGAGCAGUUUGGGGUUAUAAUGAGCAGCGUAAAGCGGCUUCGCCCACGACUCAACCAUAUCCUCUUCCGACUGCAGUUUGAGGAGCAGUUAAACAAUCUGCGUCCAGAUAUUCUAGCUGUAAAUGCAGCUUGUGAUGAAGUCAGGGCGAGCCACUCCUUUGGCCGCUUGCUGGAGCUUGUGUUGUUGCUGGGCAAUUACCUGAACGCAGGUUCCCGAAAUGCCCAGUCAUUCGGCUUUGACCUCAGUUCCCUCUGCAAGCUAAAGGAUACUAAGUCGGGUGACCAGAAGACCACCUUGCUCCAUUUCCUGGCGGAAAUAUGUGAGGAAGAAUUUCCAGAUGUGAUCAAAUUUGCUGAAGACUUCAAACAUGUGGACCGAGCAAGCAGGGUGUCUGCAGAGAAUUUGGAAAAGAGCCUCAGGCAGAUGGAGAGGCAGCUGUUGCAGCUGGAAAGAGACCUCAAGACUUUCUCGUCCCCUGAUGACCCCAGUGACAUGUUCGUCAAUAAAAUGGCUAGCUUCAGCAAGGUGGCACGUGAGCAGUAUGGCAAGCUGGUCACAAUGCAGAGCAACAUGGAGACACUUUACCUGAAUCUUUUGGAGUAUUUUGCUGUUGAUCCAAAGAAAACAUCAGUAGAGGAGCUCUUCACUGAUCUCAGCAACUUCCGUACCAUGUUCACACAAGCACUCAAAGACAACAUGAAGCGUAAGGAGUCUGAGGAGAAACAAAGGAGAGCACAGGCAGCAAAGGAAAAGGCUGAGCGUGAAAAGCAGGAGAGACAGCAGAAGAGGAGCCGGUUGCUUGAACUUAAUGCAGAGAAUGAUGAGACAGGUGUGAUGGAUAGUUUGCUUGAAGCCCUACAGUCAGGAGCUGCAUUCAGAGACCGCAGGAAGAGAGCACCAAGGCCCAGAGAUAACCGGAAGGAGGCCAUCAGCCCCAGCUCUUACCGUCAGGUUCUAAGGCCUGUUAAACAUGAAAACAAGAAUGCACCUUUACUUCGGUCUCGCUCUCGGCUGAAUGUAAAUGCAAGUUCAGCAGUGAUGAAGGCUCCACCCACCAAGGAGUCUGACAUCCAACCGGCUUCAGCGGCACCUGCCAAAGUUGCAGUGUGUUCAGUGACAGGACGCAGGUACAGGAAUAUCCCAGGCCACAGUUAUGGGUCAGAUAGUGAGAGAGUGCUGGUGAGGGAAGACCCUAAACCUUCAGAGAUCAAGAAAGGGGCUGAAGGGGAGCCUCUGGCCUCUCAAAUGUCCUCUCCUGGUACCAUGGUUGGUAGCAGCAGUGGGGAGUCUGAUGUGGAAGCUCUGUUAGCAAAACUCAGGGCCUUGUAGUAGUUAUGUCCUCCAACCUAGAUUAUAUUAAGCCCAUGGCUGUUUUCAAACACUACAAUACAAACAAACAUUUGCUUUGUAAUUUGGACAUAAAUACAAAAUAUGGGUUAGUAUCAUUGAAAGAAAAUAAAUCCUUCAUGAAGUUGAACAGAAUUAGACUUGUAUUAAAACUGUAACAAAUUUGCAUACUUUACCAAAAAAAAAAAGAAGAGUAGAGCACAAUCAACUAAUAACACUAUGGUUUAGAAAAUGACUGCAAGGGGAAAUACAAAGUCUUUGUAUGGUUAAUUAGUUAAAUCAGACCUUUGGCACUGCAAUUUAUGUUCUUGUGUCCAAACAUUCAUUUAAAUCAAACGUGGAAUAUUACUCAGCACUUUCUAAUCCAUGCUUCUGAUUCAGAUUUUCACUUUUAUUCCAUUUCCUGUAUUUGUCUUACAUUUAUGUGUAUUUAUUUUUUUCUCAUGUCAUAUUUGUCAGCAGGCUCUCAUAAGGAUUUAAUCAGAAAUUAUGCGAACAAUUUUGCACUACAUUACAUUUGGACAGUUUUCAACUUAAACUUGUCUUGUUAAACUCGUUUUAGCUCUGUGUACAUAAAAAAAAAAAAACUCCACAGUGACACAGUGUCUUUACCCAACACAUGUCACAGAGUUAUUUGCGGGGGUCCAUAACAUAUUCCAUUAAAUCAAAUGCAAAAAAAACAAAAAACAACUUUGUCCCUUUUCUAAUGAAAGCAACUACUUUGAUAUGAAGUCCUACUUAGUUUUCACAAGAAAAUGCCAUAUCAGUACCGUUCAUAUAAAUGACAUUUAUUUGACAUUUAAAUUCUAAUUAAUUCAUUAUGGAUUAAUCGUCUUUUUUUUCUUCUUCAUUUUAAGCUUUGAGGUUAUAUUUUCCUUAUGUUGUGUACUGUAUUUUCUAUUUAAAAAAUGUGUUUUCUACUUUCCAUGUAACUUGCUAAAGGUAUUUUUCAAGGGAUGAUAAUAAAUUUAGGGGACAAUUGAAAUUUGGUUGAAUUGGUAUGUAGAGGAGGGGACAUUUAUACAGUUGUACAAAUUGUUUAAAAAUAACAUCCAUAAUUUGGAGACAAAAAAAAUAUUAUACUGAAUCUUGAUAUUGUAUGGCUCAAUAAAAUAGUUGGCUGUGUGACUGA